CCUGCCGAUCACAUCAAGGUUAUUGUACUAUUCAAAACCCAACCCGUACCACAAUCCGGAUUAAGUCCACAUGCAGCACGUAAUCCGUUUGUUUAUACACCGUGUAGUGUAUUGUUAAAGGACACAGACAUAAAUUUACCAAAUGUCCUCUACAAAAAUCGGCAAAGAAGACUUGCUGGGAAAGCUAGCCGAGUGGAAUAUUCAGACAGAGACCAUAGAACACCCACAGGUGUUCACAGUAGAACAAGCGUUACCACACCUUGAAAACAAAGAUGGCAAAUUUGCCAAAAAUUUAUUUCUCAAAGACAAGAAGAAGAGGCUUUACUUGUUCUGUGCUCCACAUGAUGCCGAGGUAAAACUGAAUGACCUGGCUAAAAUGGUUGGGGCAAGUGGAGGGUUGAGAUUUGCGGACUCCAGUGUAUUAGAGGAAAAACUUGGAAUUCUAGAAGGAUCCGUCACAGUAUUUGGGAUAAUUAAUGACACGGAAGACGAGGUCAAGCUUGUGUUGGACCAGCGUCUUCUAGAUCAAACCUACCCUAAGGUGUGGUUCCAUCCAAUGGUCAACAGUGCUACGACCAGCAUCACACCUAGUGACCUUAAAACCUUCAUUGACAAAACCAAUCAUGAACCUCUUGUUAUAAAUUUGAGCUGAUAUUAAGUAAAUUGAUUCUUAAACCAA